UUCAUGGCAAAACUAUGCAUUUGUUUUUUUAAAGGUGGAGCAAGUUAUCACAUUUUGAAGAAAGAUUAAAGACUAGGAAUUCUUGUUUAGGCAAUGCAGCUGUGCUGAAACCAUCGGAGCUGAGUGAGCACUCUGCUAGACUUAUGAAAGAUCUGCUUCCUCUAUAUCUGGAUAAGGAGAUGUAUCAAGUGGUGACAGGAGGGGUUUUAGAGACCCAGGAGCUGCUGAAGCAGCGUUUCGACCACAUCUUCUACACUGGGAGCAGCGUGGUGGGGAAACUGGUUAUGGAAGCAGCAGCUCAUCAUCUCACACCAGUGACUUUAGAGCUGGGUGGGAAAAGCCCCUGUUAUAUUGACAAGAACUGUGACAUUGCUGUGGCAUGCCGACGAAUAACCUGGGGAAAGUUUGCAAAUUGUGGCCAGACAUGCAUUGCACCUGACUACAUUCUGUGUGAGCCAAACAUCCAGGACAGGAUAGUUGAAGAGAUUCAAAAAACACUA